AUGCCGGUUAAGAAGAAGGUUGCAACCGCAAAGAAUGAUGAAAAGGAGGAUCUCACCACUUCCCCGGUGAUGGCAGCAGAAACGACGCCGACUGCGUCUUCGCCAACAAUGCAACAUUUGGACACCCCUCAAGGCACAACUUCCGCCUCCGAAUUGUACGCCGUGCUGCAGGCUGCCGUUGCGGAAGAUCCCGCGAAGGUGAACGAUUUCGCUGAGGAAAUCGCACAGACGUUUGUAGAGGCAGAGAAGGCGGAAACUCCACUGCUGCUGCGCGUGAGGAUGCUCGAGUUCUUUGCGAAAUACGGACAGCAUAUGCGCGACGGUAAUGCACUCAAAAAGGUGGUUACCUCUCUCGUGAAAAUACUCAGCGGACCCGAUAAUACCCAACAGUUGUUGGUUGCGGCAGUGCAGGGCAUUGCUGCGCUCGGUCCCGUUUCCAUGCUCGAUAAAAAAUGGGAGUACCUGUCCCGUGAGGGGGCGGAUGUGUUGAUGCAGGUGAUGAUUGACGAAAACGGCUUUGCUGAACCUGUUCGUUCAGCAGCCUCAAAGGCGCUGGAUACACUCGUAAGCACGGCGUUUCGUCCGGUUGUCACAAAACUGCUACAUUGGUUAAGCGAUGAUCGUGAAGCCGAGGAAGAGGAUCAAUUACAGAAGGAACGCCGCACAGCUAUGGCUCGUUUGAGGAAGGUGGCGCAAACGGCAUCGUUUCGUCCGCAAUGGACAGAGGAAAUUCAGGAGCACGUACUCGCUCUCAUCAUCCGUGUUCUCUCUGCUGUUACCAUAACAGAGUUUGCCCAACUCGCACGGAUAGCAGCGUCACUACCUUCUGUUGAGGAGAAAAAGGGUUUGCCGCUCCUUACCGCUUUUUUGGCCAGCACCAAACUCAACACCGAUCGUGCACUUGAGUCACUCAGUCUGGUUGCACAGCACGUGGGCGCUGUUGCAUAUGAUCUUACCCCUAUGCUAGAUGAGGCCGGACUGCUUUCCGCACCGGUCGACGGUACGACAGUUAGGGGAAUGUGGCAUGCGAAGCUACUCCUCCUCGCCGCGCGCUCAGCAACACCUGAAAACACGGACACGCUGUAUAAAACUCUUCUAGAACAUGUUAUGAACCUUAUAGGCGAUGGAAACACGUUGCCCGAGUAUUUAACGACGCUUGAGGCACUUCUUCUUGCUCUCACUUCUGUUGGCCAGAAGAAACCUCUGGAUUUUGUAAAACAGCUUAAAGACAAACAAUUCACAGCGAAGUGUCGUAAUAUGCUGGCAGCUGUGGAGAAGGUGGAACCCCUCCUCAUCUACGCUGUGAAGCGACUGGUGCAGAAGUCAUCAGCGGGAGCGAAGGAGGCUGAGAUGUUGGGUUCCUGCCACAACCUCCGCAUCAUUUUGUCAUCCUUUUCCUCCAGUCACAUUCCUAUGGGCGCCAUCACGGAAAGUUGGGCCCACAAACACAAGUUGCCCGUCCUUCGGCAGGGUCGUGAGGGGCUGCUACCAUCCGCUAAGGGAGGGCGUUCUGGCUACGACGCUCAGCUUCCAGCAGUUAACAAGAGACCCCGCACUGAAUCGAAUUACAGGCCGCAGAGCAAUAGAGGGUCCAGCAGAGACCUCCAAGGAAGAAGUCGUGGUUGGAAGUAUUAA